AGACAGGUGAGGAACAAAGGGUGUGGCUCACACACAUGCAAAGGAAAACCAGCCUGCAGCCAGCUCUUCCUGUUUCGUUCUUUUCUUUUCCUCACUGAGCCAAACGUUUUCUUCUGAAGGACUUAAAUCCUGAUCCUACAGCCAUGAAGGGAAUGGAAUGCCUCAAGUAUGCCAUGUUUGUCUUCAACUUCAUGUUCUGGCUUGCAGGUACUGCAGUUCUCGCUGUGGGACUCUGGCUGAGGUUCGACUCCAGGACUAAAGGACUGUUUGAAGGAGAGGACUCUCCCUCCGUCUUCUUCACUGGAGUGUACAUUCUGAUCGCUGCGGGGGCUCUGAUGAUGGUGGUUGGGUUCCUGGGAUGCUGUGGAGCCAUCAAAGAAUCGCCUUGCUUGCUGGGGCUGUUCUUCCUCUUCCUGCUCGUCAUCUUCGCUGUGGAAGUGGCUGCAGGGAUCUGGGGCUUCUCCAACCGGGAAACGGUGGUGGAGGAUGUCACAGAGUUUUAUAAGCAGACCUACGACAACUACAAAACUACAAAACAGGAAGCACUGAAGGAGACCCUCCGCCUCAUCCACUUUGGACUGGACUGCUGUGGUCCCACAGGAACUGUGAUUGAUUCCAUCAAAGACAUCUGUCCGAAGCAGGAAGGACUGGAGAUCAUUGUCACAAAGAGCUGCCCCAAAGCCAUCGACGAGGUGUUCAACAACAAGCUGCACAUUAUUGGUGGAGUUGGAAUCGGUAUCGGAGUCAUCAUGAUCUUUGGGAUGAUCUUCAGCAUGAUUCUUUGUUGUGCCAUCAAGAGGUCCAGAGACUUUGUGUAAACUCUCACAAAAACAUGUCCUCACUUUUCUGCCGCUUUAGUUUAGACUGAUUUAAACACAAAAAUGACCAUUGGUGUGCCGCUUGAAUUUCUGCAGGAUGACCACAGAACUCUGAGGCAGAAUGGAGCCUCUGCAUAUUUAACAGUUUCACUAUGUUGUGUCCACAAUAAAUCAGCAAUGUCCACAGUAAAAGAGGACUAAACUUUUCUAUUUAUUAUUCAAAUUCAAAUUAAAGAACUUUUUAUGCAGAAUGUUUAUUGCAGAAGUAAAUGAAUAUUUAGGACUCUACUGCUCUCUGAUGGAUACUUCUGCCAUUUUCUUUAUUGUUAAUAUUCACUCAUGUUUUGUUUACGAAAUGCACUAACGGUUUAUGAAAUGAAGUUAGUUUAUUUGCAGCUAACAGUUUUAUUUUGAUAUUACAUAAUAGAAGCUUUGAUUUUUAUAAAGUACUGGAAUUUUAUGCAAAUAUAAUGGCAAUUCAAAUGUCUUUAAAUUAAAUAAUAAACAUUGAUUUGUGUUGAA